GGGCAACUGGGAGAGACGCUUUUUGCUCACACAGGAGGCUACACACCACUGCAAGUUACGGUCGAUGUCUUAAGGUAUUCGAGUUUCAGACACUAAGUCGACAUAAACCUGAAGAAAACGACAGUGAGAGGGGAGCGCCGGGGAUAUGGCGGUGUAUUUUGACCACCGUAUUGAGGCCCCUGAAAGCAGUGUUGUGCCCUCUCAGUUGACCUGGCACUCAGCUCUCCCUGUACUGGCUGUGGCCUCAAGCAGCCCCGCCACUGGAGGCAACAUAGACCUUUACCUGCAGCAGGGAGAGUAUGUGGAGGGCUGCCAUGUUGAACGUCCGCACCAGCCCACAGUGCUGCGCUGGCAUCCCACAAAACCAGUGCUGGCACUAGGCUGGGAGAAUGGAGAGGUAGUGCUGCUGUCACACCCCUCUGGAGAUCAAACAGUCCUUCCCAGCACACAUGCAGCCUGUAUCACGCUGCUGGUGUGGAGCAGCUCUGGCAGCCGCUUAGUAACCGGGGAUCAGACUGGAGCUCUAGCCGUGUGGAAAGUUGAUGCCAGAGGGAGACUUCAAGGAAACCAUCUAGUAAAGCAUGAAUACAACAAACCUUUAACUUGCUGCAUCUUCAGACCUGCUUCACCUGGAGAUGAUGUGGCAAUGCUGGCACGGGCAUCAGUGAGUGGAGAUGAGAGUGCUCUGGACAUGUUCAGCUGGAAGGGAGCGCCUCUCAAGAUGGGCCCACAGGAGGGACUUGCGUUCUAUGUCAGCACUGCAGAUGGUAAGGUCCACAGUGUGGAUGAACACUGUAAGACAAGCACACUUCUCAGUGUGGAGGGUGCAAUCAAGAAAUUGUUCUACCUUGAGAAGAGAGAGGCCCUCGCUGUGAUCACAGAGACCCUGAUGCUGUCACAAUUCACUCUAGGACCUGAGGGAGGAGCCCAGGAAUUCAUGAAGGUGAAGUUGAGCAGCAAGACUGGACAGAAUGUAGACAUUGUCUGGACAGAAAACAGCCUCCUCAUCACAGCAACAGGGGAACAAGUUAUCAGGCUGUGGGACCUGGAGCGAGAUGACAACUAUGUUUUGUCACUGGACGAGACUGUGGGGUUUGAGAGAGGAGAGAUGAUCAACUGUGUUUCAUAUUGUGCAGGAAAAGAAAUCCUUGCAGCUGGCACCAGCCAUGGACGCAUAGCAAUGUGGAGGAUGGUGGUGCAGCCAGGUAGUAGCAAAGGUGACACCAAGGCCCAGUGGAAGCUACAGACCCCCACUGAAGUAGAGGGAAAUGUCACUCAGCUACAGUGGGGUUCCAGCCUGAAUCUGCUGGCAGCCAACAACUCAACCACAGUGCUGAUCCUGUGCGAGCAUGUGAUGUCAGCCCAUUUCAGCCAGCAGGUGGCAGCAGUGCAGCUCACUCCAGCGCAGCUCAGCAUUGCUCAGUUUUCCACAGGAGUGCACCUUGCUCUGCAGUCAGAUAUACACAUAAAGGGAGUGUGUGUAACUAAGGACUCUGUGACAGUGUGGAGUGGCAAGCAGGUCACUGUGUAUGAGCUCUCAGGGACAGUUUUACGCAGUACAGGAUCGUUUCCUUGUGACUCCCAUGUAGUAGCUGUACAUGGCGAGAACCUCUAUACUGUGGAGCCCAACAGGGUACAGAUCCGCACUCCACAGGGCACUGUGAAGCAACUGCUGACUUUCUCCAAGGCAGAGGGCAACCCUGUACUACUCAGUGUGUGUGGGUCUUACCUGGUUGUGGGCACAGACACAGCACACAUCAGAGUAUUCGACCUCUCUCGAAGAGAUGCCAAAGCUCACUGCACUGCUAAGAACCUGGCUGACCAGAUUGCCAAUCUGGGAGCCCUGAGGUCAGUCAAGUGUAAUGCCAAUGGCAGCCAAGUCAGCAUCCUAAUCUCUCAGGUUAAUGGGCGACCUGAUCACAAAGUGUACUUUUAUGACGUUGAGAUGGACACUGUGACACACUUCGACUUCUUCACGGGCAGACCUUCCAGUGGUGUCUCACAUCCUGAAGACAGUGAAAGGCAGCAGUUUCAAGGGACAGAGCUCAGCGGCCGGUGCCCUGUAUCUCAUUUCUGGGAUGAGAGCGAAUCUCGCCUUUUUGUCUGUGAGACAGUGCCAAUCAGCUCUGAAUCAUCAUCAGCUAGUUACUUGGAUAUGGUGGAUGUGUCAGUGGUGACACUCUUCUGUACGCAAGAGCAUGGGCUACUCCUACAGGACUGCUACCCCAAACCUCCAGGCCUGCAGGCCCUUCUUGCUCUGGAUGUACCCUACUAUUAUUUCAGCUGCAAGCCUGGUGAGGGGGAUCCAGAGUUACCAGACGUUUCAGCCACAACAUCAGCACCCCCACACCAGACCCAGCCAUCAAGAGGGGCACCUGCCCAGCUCCCCCAUAUGGUGUCCAGGCGAGCUCUCAGGGACUUUGUGGGCCUAGAGAACUGUGAGAAGGCCACCCGCGAUGCCAUGCUCAACUUCAGCUUCUACCUGACCAUCGGUGAUAUGGAUGAAGCCUUCAAGUCUAUCAAGCUCAUCAAGAGUAAAGCGGUGUGGGAAAACAUGGCACGGAUGUGUGUAAAAACCCGCCGGCUGGAUGUGGCACGUGUGUGCCUUGGGAAUAUGGGAAAUGCCAGGGCAGCAAAAGCGCUAAAGGAGGCGGAGGCUGAGCCUGAGCCAGAAGCCCAAGUGGCAAUGUUGGCCAUUCAGCUCGGCAUGCUGGAAGAUGCAGAAAAAUUGUACAAGAGCUGUCAACGCUAUGACCUGCUGAACAAUUUCUACCAGGCUUCUGGCCAAUGGCAGCAAGCUUUGGAGACAGCUGAAAUCCAUGAUCGCAUCCAUCUGCGCACCACCUACUACAGUUAUGCCAAAUACCUGGAGUCCAUGGGCGACAAGACCCUGGCCCGUGCAUAUUAUGAGAAUUCAGACACACACAGGGUUGAAGUGCCCAGAAUGCUCCAGGAUGACACAUCAAACCUUGAGAUCUAUGUUAACAACAUGAAAGACAAGAGCAUCUACAAGUGGUGGGCCCAGUACCUGGAGAGCCAGUCAGACAUGAACUCAGCGCUGCAUUACUAUGAAUGUGCUCAGGAUUACCUCUCCCUGGUUCGAGUCCACUGUUACAUGGGGAACAUCCAGAAGGCAUCUGAGAUAGCCAAUGACACAGGUGACAGAGCAGCAUCGUACCACUUGGCCAGACACUAUGAGGGUCAUGAUGAUAUCAAACAGGCCGUCCACUUCUACACACGGGCCCAGGCCUACAACAAUGCCAUACGACUUUGUAAGGAGAAUGGUCUGGAUGACCAGCUGAUGAACCUGGCUCUGCUCAGUAACCCAGAGGACAUGAUGGAGGCUGCCUGCUACUAUGAGGAGAAAGGCACACAUAUGGACCGAGCUGUCGCUCUUUACCACAAGGCUGGUUACGUCUCCAAAGCUCUUGAGUUGGCUUUUGCCACCCAACAGUUCUCUGCACUUCAGCUGAUCGCUGAGGAUCUGAAUGAAAACUCAGACCCGGUCCUCCUGGCUCGCUGCUCUGACUUCUUCAUCACACAUUCCCAGUAUGAGAAGGCUGUGGAGUUACUGGUAGCAGCCAAGAAGUACCAUCAAGCCCUGGAACUCUGUGUGACCCAGAACUUGACCAUCACAGAGGAGCUGGCAGAGAGAAUGACUGUAACUAAUUCAAAAGACUUGUCUGAAGAUGCCCGCAAGGACGUGCUGGAGAGGCUAGCUGACUGCUGCAUGCGUCAGGGAAAUUACCACCUGGCUACCAAGAAAUACACGCAGGCGGGCAACAAGCCCAAGGCUAUGAGGGCGCUCCUUAAGUCAGGCGACACAGAGAAAAUAGUAUUCUUUGCCAACGUUUGUCGCCAGAAGGAGCUUUUCAUCAUGGCUGCCAACUACCUCCAGUCUCUGGACUGGCGGAAAAAUCCAGAGAUCUUGAAGACAAUUAUUGGUUUCUACACCAAAGGCAGGGCACCAGAGCUCCUUGCUGGCUUCUAUGAAGCCUGUGCUCAGGUAGAGAUUGAUGAUUACCAGAACUAUGAGAAGGCACUAGAUGCUUUGACUGAGGCUGCAAAGUGUCUUUCAAAAGUGAAGGACUCUUCAACUGGACAGCAGGAAGUAAGAGUGGCAGACCUGCAGCAUAAGAUCACCCUAAUCAAGAAAUUUGUCCAUGCACGCAGGUUGUAUGCAGAGGAUGCUGGUGAGGCAGUGCAGUUAUGUGAAUCCCUACUGGAGGAGCCAGAGUUGGACCCUGCUGUGAGGAUUGGAGAUGCAUUUGGUUUCCUGGUGGAACACCACUGUCAGCAAGGAAACUUCCAAGUGGCCUACCGUAAGCUGGAGGAGCUCCAGAAGCUGCUGCCAUCUCAGAACGUUAGAUACUAUGUCAGCCAGGCCAGUUUACAGGCCCUGCAGAAAGAGAUGGGUGUUCCCAUGGACCAUGGUGACACCAGGAACAAUGUGGAGGAGGAUGAAGUGGAGGAGGAUUUAAAUUAGUCUUAAAUGAGUAUCACUCACAAUUUUUUGUAAUCUUGUUAAGCAAUACAUAUAUUUUUAUAUAUCUGUUUUUUUCAUGAGUAUGAAGAGUCUGCAUUUUCACCGGCAUGAAUAUGCAAAGCUCUACACUUUCUCAGACUAGGAAUGACUGUAGAGUUGGUCCUGAACAACACAGCAACACGAGCUGUGUUAGUUACCAACUAAAGUCAUAUUGGUAAAAUUAUCACAUUAAUUGGUUAUAGAAUGUAAUUAGAAGGCACUUAAUUAUUACAUAGGGCAAGCACUGUGAAGUGAAGACAAAAAAUGAAGGGACACAAAGCUACAGCACAUGAGGCUAUUUAAAAUCUUCAUCACAUAAAGGCCUGAGAGGAUGGCUAUCAGCUCAAAAAACACCAUUUUGACCUGCGAAACACUGAAGUACAAAAAUACAUUGCAGCUAAGGACCAAAGGAAGGAAUCAGUGCCAGAGGCUCUAAUUGUAGAGCCGUGACAUGUCAUUUUAUAUAGAUUUAAAUAAAACAUAAUAGACAUACCAUCCUACACGUUUUCACACAGUGCAUUCAGAUAUAGACCAGAUCUAAAUCAUCAGAAUGUUGAAUAUAAAUAACCCUUAACCUGUCCAGAUCUACAAAAGGGAAAAUAUUAGUUGUAUAAUACAGCCCAUCUUAAAUUAACCUUAAAUCGUGAGUUCAAUUGUUUGUUUUGUUUUUUUGCAGACUGGUGUGGAUGAACACAGACUAUUGCCUUCUUCAAAAUGAAAUGUAUGUGUAUGUUUUUUUUUUUUUUUGUUUUGUUUUUUUUAGUUUAUGUAUUAUUUGUAAAUAUCCUCUCAAUGUCAAAAGUCAUAUCUAAAGUAUUUUGCAGCUAUUUUUGGUAACUUUUAGCCAAUUUCUACUAAGCACAUGAUAUUGUGAAUUAAUGUGUUUUACAAGGCACUGUUCCUACACAUGUAAAGCUCCUACAAUAAAACAUUUUUAAAAUUAA